ACCAAUCAGGAGUCUUCAUUCUUGACGGCGCUGUGUGUUCCCACAGUGUGACUGCUGAGCUAAAUUCCUGACAGAAAGCUAAAAACAAAACCCCUAAACCCCUCCAGGCCGUCCGGUUUCCUGCUCUGAACACCCCCGGAGGAUCAGGCUCGGACCUCAGUCCAGAACCAAACCAUGGUUGGCGUUAAAGUCAUCGGCAGCGACCCGGACUUCCAGCCGGAGUUAGCGGCCGCCGGCUCCAGGCUAGCCGUGGUGAAGUUCACAAUGGCCGGCUGUCGGCCCUGCAUCAGAAUAGCUCCAGCGUUCAACAUGUUCAGCAACAAAUAUCCACAGGUGGUCUUCCUGGAGGUCGACGUCCACGUCUGUCAGGGCACGGCGGCAGCCAACAACAUCUCAGCGACGCCCACCUUCCUGUUCUUCAGGAACCGGGUCCGGGUCGACCAGUACCAGGGAGCGGACGCCGCCGGCCUGGAGGAGAAGAUCAAACAGCACACGGAGAACGACCCGGGGAACAGCGAGGACUCCGACAUCCCCAAGGGAUACAUGGACCUCAUGCCUUUCGUCAACAAAGCCGGCUGCGAGUGCCUCAACGAGAGCGACGACUGCGGCUUCGACAACUGUUUAGUCAAAGACUCGUCCUACCUGGAGUCCGACUGUGACGAGCAGCUGUUGAUAACCAUCGCCUUCAACCAGCCUGUCAAGCUUUUCUCUAUGAAGCUCCAGUGCUCAGAUCUAGCCCAGGCCCCGAAGGUGGUGAAGGUGUUCAUCAAUCUCCCGCGGUCGAUGGGUUUCGACGACGCCGAGCGGAGCGAAGCCACCCAGACCCUGGACCUGUCUGAGGACGACUACAAAGACGACGGCCUGAUCCCUCUGCGCUACGUCAAGUUUCAGAACGUCCAGAGUGCUACGGUAUUUAUCAAGUCAAACCAAGGAGACGAGGAGACGACAAAAAUUAACUACCUGACGUUCAUCGGCACUCCGGUUCAGGCCACCAACAUGAACGACUUCAAGCGGGUUGUUGGGAAGAAAGGCGAGAGCCACUGAGCAGCAGAAUAAGGCCAGAGGAGGAGGAGGAGGAGAAGGCUGCAGAACCCGCUGAGGGUCUUCCUUCUGCCAAAGCUGCCGGAGAGAAACGGCGGAUCAACGUCCAGCUUCCCUCCUGUCGCUCUCACUGAACUCUCCAUCUCCGCUGACGCCAUCUCAACUCAUUUAUAUUGUAAUUCUGUUGGAAUCCCUGUAAAUAAAACACAAUCCUUUUCCAAAGGCA